CGUGCGGCGGAAGCGGUAGCCUCGACCUUGCGGGCUGCAGGAAGCCGCUGCUGCAGCGCCGAGAAGCCGGUAGCGUGGGCAAGCAGCGCUAGUCGUCAUGUACCUGUUGAAAGCCGCUCUCUCGUUGCCACGGAAGCCUGCGCGGCCCGCCGUUUUGCGCAGUGUCCGCCAGGUUUUAUGGAGCGUCUGUCGACAAUGUUCAUCUCGAAUAUUACCUAACAAAAUGAUUCGGAAUAUAGGAAUCUCUGCACAUAUUGAUUCUGGGAAAACAACACUGACAGAAAGGGUUCUAUACUAUACAGGAAGAAUAGCUGAAAUGCAUGAGGUAAAAGGAAAAGAUGGUGUGGGUGCUGUAAUGGAUUCCAUGGAACUGGAACGGCAAAGGGGCAUCACUAUCCAAUCUGCAGCCACUUACACGGUAUGGAAAUCAAGGAAUAUCAAUAUAAUUGAUACACCAGGACAUGUUGAUUUUACAAUAGAGGUGGAACGUGCACUAAGAGUUUUAGAUGGAGCUGUUCUAGUUUUAUGUUCACUUGGUGGAGUUCAGUGCCAGACAAUGACUGUGAACAGACAGAUGAAGCGUUAUGGUGUUCCAUUCCUUGCAUUCAUAAAUAAAUUGGACAGGCUGGGAGCUAAUCCCAAUCGCGCUCUUCAACAAAUGAGGUCAAAAUUGAAUCUUAACACUGCAUUUGUUCAAAUUCCAAUUGGUCUGGAAGGAAAUCUUACUGGCAUUAUUGAUCUCAUAGAGGAACGCGCAGUUUACUUUGAUGGCCAAUUUGGUCAGAAUAUUAUUUAUGAUGACAUUCCUGCUGAUAUGCGUGCAGAAGCUGCAGACAGACGUCAGGAGCUGGUUGAGUGUGUGGCCAAUGUGGAUGAGCAGCUUGGAGAAAUCUUUCUUGAAGAGAAAGUUCCUACAAUUGCUGAUCUGAAGGCUGCUAUAAGGAGAGUAACUAUUAGCAGGUUAUUCUCUCCUGUGUUAGUAGGAAGUGCUUUGAAAAAUAAAGGUGUGCAGCCACUGUUGGAUGCUGUUCUGGACUAUCUACCAGAUCCAAGUGAAGUCCAAAAUUUUGCCAUUGCCAACCAGGAGAAUUCGGAAGAUUAUGUGAAAGUUCUUAUGGAUCCAAAAAGAGAUGCAUCUCACCCAUUCGUAGGUUUAGCCUUCAAACUUGAGGCAGGCAAAUUUGGACAGUUAACAUAUAUUCGAGUUUACCAAGGCAUGCUAAAAAAAAGUGAGAACAUAUACAACACACGAACUGGCAAAAAGAUAAGAGUGCAGCGCUUAGUUCGAAUGCAUGCAGAUCAAAUGGAGGAUGUGGAGGAAGUUUUUGCUGGUGACAUUUGUGCUUUAUUUGGCAUUGAUUGUGCAAGUGGUGAUACGUUUACCUCGAAAGCAAGCAGCAAUCUUUCAAUGGAAUCUAUUCAUGUUCCUGAACCUGUGAUAUCAGUUGCGAUAAAACCUGUUAAUAAGAAUGAUUUGGAUAAAUUUUCUAAAGGCAUUGGAAGAUUUACCCGUGAGGAUCCUACUUUCAGAAUUACUUACGAUGCUGAGAGCAGAGAGACCAUUGUUUCAGGAAUGGGUGAAUUGCAUUUGGAAAUUUAUGCACAGAGAUUAGAAAGAGAAUACAAUUGUCCAUGUGUAAUGGGAAAGCCUAAAGUUGCCUUCAGAGAAACCAUUUUUUCACCUGUUCCCUUUGAAUUUACUCACAAGAAGCAGUCUGGUGGUGCAGGCCAGUAUGGCAAAGUUAUUGGAAUGUUGGAACCUUUGGAACCUGAAAACUACAUCAAGUUAGAAUUUGCUGACAGAACAAUUGGAACAAAUGUACCACAGCAGUUUAUACCAGCCAUUGAGAAGGGUUUUCUUGAAGCCUGUGAAAAGGGUCCUCUUACAGCUCAUAAGGUCUCUGGAGUGCGAUUUGUAUUGGAGGAUGGUGCGCAUCACAUGGUGGAUUCCAAUGAAAUCUCUUUCAUCAGAGCCGGAGAGGGUGCAGUCAAACAGGCUAUGGAGAAGACUAGUGUGAUCAUUCUGGAACCCAUUAUGUCAGUCGAGGUGGUAGCUCCUAAUGAAUUUCAAGGAGUUGUCAUUGCUGGAAUCAAUCGUCGACAUGGUAUUAUCACUGGCCAGGAUGGAACAGAGGGAUAUUUCACACUUUAUGCUGAUGUACCACUGAAUGACAUGUUCGGAUAUGCCUCAGAACUCCGGUCUUGCACAGAGGGUAAAGGUGAAUACACUAUGGACUACAGCAGAUACCAGCCAUGUCUGCCCAGUGUACAAGAAGAGUUGGUCAACAAGUACCUAGAAGCAACUGGUCAAUUGCCAGCUAAAAAAGGAAAAGCCAAGAGCUAAAUGUGUUGUAACUAUCAGCUAAUUUAGCAAUCGCUACAUUUCAAGAAGUGGCUGAUUGUACUGUAAUUUUCCGGUUAACAAAUCAACCUUUUUUUAAGGAAACUGAUAACCAGGUUGUAGCGCAUGGACAGUUAUUUCUUCAUGCUGCUACUUGCAAUCCACUGUGGUCUAGAGCACUUUGAACUUAUUUGAAAGGUUUUUCCUCAAAACCUUGUUUUCAGCAUUUUUUCCAUGAAGACAAUCUUUAUUGUUUCUGUUGUUUAUCCUUAGUAUUUCAUCGUCCAUCAAAGUACAAAAUCCUGUACUAAGGCUACAUUUUUUCCAACUAUGACCUGUUUAAUUCUGAUUACAAUAGUGAUUGACAGCUAAAUUUUACUCCGAUUAGACAUUGUAUUUCAAAAAUAAAACUUGGCUUAUAUUUUGUGAUAAUUUAAAAGGGUACUGCAUUAAUUUAAAGUAUGAAACCACUGUUUUUUGGCGAGGAACAAUAACUAGGUUUUGGUGCACUGUCAUGUGUCAGUUACGAAAUGUUCUGCUAUUUAUUGAGAUUAUUUACCACAUUCUGUUUUAAUCUUUCCUGAAUGAUUUUUCCAUAAAGAUUGCCUUUUUCGAUAUGCUGGCAUAUAAAGGUGGCAUACUUGCAUCUAAACAUUAAUUUAAACUUUCAAAAGUGGAGUAAAAGCAGAAAAUUCUGGAAAUACUGAGCAGGCUAUGAUAUCAAUGGCCCUCGCUGAUUUGAUUGUAGACAGGACUAGGUCAGUGCCCUUUCAGCAUGUAUCACAGGGAUUUUCACAGUGAGCAAGUUGCAGCAAUGACAGAAUACAAAAAAUGUUCUGGUCUAAUAUUAGGUGAAAUGUAUUUCAUUUGGCCACUGAUGAUACCAUUAACUAAUUUGGCCAUUAUUAUGUACAGGCUAAUUAACAAUGGAUGUUAUGUGUGUCUUCCAGUUGAAUUGAUGAGAAUUUUAUGGGGUUUUAUUUAAAGAUGAAAUUCCCACCAUGGGAAAGUAGAUUCAUGUUCCAUUGCAUUUUUAGUUCUCGUCUCACUUUUAAAAUCAUCCAAAUCCUUUUGAAAUUACAUACAAAUCAUUUUUUGAUUGGGAUCUUCAAAAUAUAUUGUAAAUCCAUGGAUUACAAUUCUGAAUUCUCCAAAACAUGAUUUAAAAUAUUUUAUUUUGAGGGAAGUAGAAUUGGAAACAUUAAUUACGCCAGUCAAUACUGAACUGCAAACUUUAUAGAACUGGCUAUUGUGGUUUGGAAAAUUGAAGGUCAUGUUAUUUUUAGUUUUGAACAAUUUUCAUUCCCAUGGUGAGCAUGAAAUUUUACAACAGGCGACUUACUUUCAUUUUAUCUCCAAGCAAUUGGUAGAUGAGUGCAUUAAUCUCAAAAUAUUUGGUACUUUGGUGACGUCAGCAAAAUGAGUUGUAGAGUGGAACACUGGACUGUUCCGCUCUCCAAGAAAACAAAACGAUAGGUCAUUGUAAUUGUUAAGACCCCUGCGUGUAUGUUUUACUACCACUUUUUGAAACAAUGUAAAGUUGUACAUUGUACAGCAUCGUUCAAAUUGGCAGUAGUUGAAGAAAUGCCAAUGCAGGUCUAGUUUGGCAGCAGUUAGUUAUGGAAACAUGUUUCUAAGUUAUUUCCACUUCAGAAUAGCUUCUAGGAUCCAAUACAGAUGUCAAAAUAUAAAUAAAAUUAUAAAUAGUAAAUUAUUGGUCAUGGAAGAUUUUACGAUUCUGCCAAUGAGAGCUUUCCUCAAAGAAAUCAUUUCCACUGACCAUUCAAUCAUCUCCGUCUUGUGGUCAGGAAUUUCAGAAAAACCAUAAGACAUAGAAGCAGAAUUAAGCCAUUUGGUCCAUCAAUUCUGCUCCACCAUUCCAUCAUGACUGAUUAUUCCUCUCGACCCCAUUUUUCUACCUGUCCCUGUAACUUUUGAUGACCUUAUUAAUCAAGAACCUAUCCAACUUUAAAUAUACACAAUGACAUGGCCAGUACAGCCACUUGUGGCAGCAACUUACACAGAUUCACCACCUUCUGUCUAAAGAAAUCCCUCUUUACCUCUGUUCUGAAGAGGUGUCCCUCUACUCUGAGACUGUGCCCUCUCAUUCUCAAUUCCCCCACUAUAGGAAAUAUCCUCUUCAUACCCACUCUAGGCCUUUCAAUAUUCGAUAGGUUUCAAUCAGAUCCUCAUUCUUUUAAACUCCAGUGAGUACAGACCCAGAGCCAUCAAACACUCCUUAGACAUUAACACUUUCAUUCCUGGAAUCAUUCUCACGAAUCUUCUCAUGACUCUUUACAAUACCAGCACACCUUUUCUUAGAUAAGGGGCCCAAAGCCGCUCACAGCACUCCCAAGUGUAGUGUGACCAAUGCCAUAUAAAGCCUUCGCAUUAUAUCCUUGCUUGUAUAUUUUAGACCUCUCAAAAUGAAUGCUAAUAAUGCAAUUGCCUUCCUUACCAUUGACUCAGUCUGUAAGUUAAUCUUUAGGAGUCCUUGUGCAGAUGUGGCCAACAUUUUGAAUGUGUUGCAUCAAUAUAUACUUCUCCAUAUUUUGUGAGGGAUGUGAAGGCACUGGUGAGAGUUUCGAGAAUAGUGACUAGACUCAUUCAAGGCCUGCAAGUAUGAGAUAUGAAGAAAGAAUCAACUCUUUUUAGCCUAAGUAGCCGUAGAAUGAGAAGAAACAUGAUAGAAGUAUUCAAAAUCAGUAAGGUGGAUGCCAGUUACUACCUCAAAAUUAAUCCAUCAACAAGGGCACGAAGCCAUAGGUGGAGAGUGGUUAAAGGGGUAUUUCAGACUAACAUUAGGAAGCAUUUCUUUACACAGUGAGUUGUGGACACAUGGAACAAGCUACCCAGUUGUGUAGUUGAGAGUAGUACCUUAGAGACUUUGAAAUCUAAACUCUAUGGUUAUUUCAACGUACUAUGUGAAUAAGAAUUUGGCAAGCUUUGUUAGGUCAAAAAACUUUCAAAAACUUGUAAAAAAAACUUUCUAAUGUUCUCGUAUUGUAUUGCUCAUCCUAGUGUAAAACAGUUAGGGCUAUUAAUUUCUGUUAGAUUGUGUAAUUCUAUUUUGUGCCACCAGGAGGCCCUCUUUAGAUUUUGUUGCAGCUUUUUUCUUUGAAGCUUGGUAGAAUUCCUUAUUAUAAUAUCAAAAUAAUCAUGCAGUUUGCUCUUUCCUCUUUCAUUUGUAAAUUAUGGAAGUUCUCAUCUAGGCCUUGGAAUUUUUGUUUCACUGUUCUCUUUCACCCUUGACUCCUCUCUUGACCAAAAAAACCUGUCUUCGUUUUUAAUGAUUCAGCCUCCACAGUUGGUAGAGUAUUCAGAAGAGUUAAGAAAUAGUUCCAGAUUGAAUUCUUAAGUUCUGUUUCAACGCUUUAGUUUACAAAAUCCUCUAACUUAAUAAAUACCGUAAACACUCAACAGAUAUGGCAGCACUUGUGGAAAGAGAAACAGAAUAUUUGAAGACCCUUGGUCAGAAUUGGGUAAAAGUUUAAGACAAAGUGGGGGAAUAUACCGGGAAUAUCUUUGUGGUGUGAGGCAAGUGUAACCAUUGCUAUGAGUUGUUGAUAACAUUUAGACAAUGGAUUAAUGAGAUGGGGCAAUUAGAGACAUAGAAAAUAGACAAAAUAAAUAAAAGCAAUGAAAUGAGCAGAGUUAGAGAGUGAGAAUAUAAACAAUGGAAAAUUAAAGAUUAUAAAUGUAAGAUCGUUCAGCAGUUCAAGCUGUGUUAAUAGAUCGAGGAAAAACAUUUGUCAGAAAUAUAUUUGUGGUGAAAUCAGAUCGGUCUUGUUCUUAUCGAAAGGCAAAGCAGGUUUGAAAGGGUCAAAUUUCUUUACUCCUAACUCGAAUGUUUUUUAUUGUGAGAAUAAUCCACUGCUUAUUAGAUGUUAAUAUAGAUAGCAGUUAUGUUGGCAGGAAUAUAGAUUUCCUGAAAUUUGCAACUUUUGGCACAUUAUGAUAAAUAUGCCCAUUCACUUCUUGAGGGAACACUCAGCAGUUCGUAUCGAGGAGUCAGUGGUGGACAGGAUGAGCAGUUUCAAGACCUGGGUGUCAACAUCUCUGAAGAUCUAUCCUGGGCCCAACAUAUUGAUGCAAUUUUGAAGAAGGCACAUCAGUGGCUAUAUUUCAUUAGGACCUUGAGGAGAUUUGGUAUGUUACCAAAGAAUCGAGCAAAUUUCUGCAGAUGUACUGUAGCAAGUAUGCUCAUUGAUUGCAUCGCCGUCUGGUGUGGAGCAGCCACUGCAGGGGUCAGAAAAGGCUGCAGAGGGUUGCAAAAUCAGCCAGCUGCAUCAUAGCUACUAGUCUCCCAAGCAUUGAGGACAUCUCCAAAAGGCAAUACCUCAGAAAGGUAGCAUCCAUUAUUAAGGACCCUAUCUAUAAUCAGAUAGGAAGUAAAGGAGCCUGGAGACACAUUCAACGUUUUAGGAACAGCUUUUUCCCCCUCUGCCAUCAGAUUUCUGAACAGACAAUGAACUAACCAACAAGCACUGCCUCUCUAUUUUUGCAUUACUUAUUUAAUUUUAAAAAAUAUAUAUAUCUUGUAUACAUUCUUGUAAUGUACGGUCAUUUUUAAUGUAUUACACUGUACUGCUGCUGCAAAACAACAGAUUUCAUGAAAUAUAUCAGUGAUAUUAAUCUUCAUCUCAUUCUGCCAUUUCUUUUCAGCCUGAGGGAUGCAUAAUUGGAAUCAGAUUUUGUUGGUGUUUAGAGUCAUACUGUUAUACAGCAGAGGAACAAGUCAAAGUAAAAUUUAUUAUCAUA